AGUCGAAAGACAUCUCUUCACCGUAGCGGAUAAACAUGACGGGGUUCCUGAGGACCAUCGCCAGCCGUGCUGCACCGGCCCUGCGCCGACACACCAUCACUCAGACGGCUAACGUCUACACUAGACCGCCCAAGGAAAAGCUCGGCCCGGUUGACAUUGCUGUUGGACUGGGCAUGUUAUCCCUGGCCAUCCUGGGACCAUCUGGAUGGAUCCUGGCCCACCUGGAGGACUACAAGAAGAGGGACUAAAGUGGACAUUUUAACAGUUUGAUGCCUGGUGUAUCAGCCUCCUGUCUCCAGUGACAUCCUGGGACCAUAACCAUUAUGUUCCACUGCAGAGAAGAAUAUUACACAAUGGUUUUUACCCUCACUCUUCUACCUCUGAUAGUUCCACUCCACAUCUCCAAUACAAACCAACUGUUCUUAAAACACUGACUCUGAUACAUUGAAAAUUGUAUUGUGCAUCUUCCCUCAUACGGAGUAUGUUACAAGAUUAAAUUUUAAACAGUCA